UAUGACUAUCUCUAUUUUUGGGUACUUUAGUUUAUAUGUUAUUAUAGUUUUUUUGUCUAUAAAAUAAGGGCAGAUUUAUUUAAUUAAAUCUUUGAAAGUAGUUUUAGACUCUUCUCUCCAGGGUGAAUGUUUCUCGGAGGCAGCAGGACAGUGAUGUACCGCCCAUGCGUGUAAAGUCCUGUAAGCGCAGCACAAUCAUCACAAAGAUACCUUUUGAAGCCUUUACACGUGACCUGCUGAAAUAAUGCUGCCGCGCAAAAGCAUCAUUCCCGAAGAGUUCGCGUUCUCCCCGGGGCUCGUGUCGCCGAUUCACCGCAAGCCCGUGUUCAGGGACCGCGUGAACAAAGCGCGCUUCAUCGCCAAGAGUGGCGCUUGCAACUUGUCGCACAAGAACAUCCGCGAGCAGGGCAGAUUCCUGCAGGACGUGGUCACGACUUUAGUGGAUCUCAAGUGGCGUUUCACCCUGGUGAUUUUCUCCAUGACGUUCCUGUGCAGCUGGCUGCUGUUCGCUAUGUUCUGGUGGCUGGUGGCCUUUGCGCACGGAGAUCUGGACACGAACCGUAAACCUGGAGUAGAGCAGUGCUUCACUAAUGUCAACUCUUUUACCUCUGCCUUCCUCUUCUCCAUCGAGGUGCAAGUGACAAUAGGAUUCGGAGGCCGUAUGAUAACAGAGCAGUGUCCCACAGCCAUCACGGUGCUCAUAUUACAGAACAUCAUAGGUCUAAUAAUUAACGCUGUCAUGCUGGGCUGCAUCUUCAUGAAGACCGCCCAAUCCCACCGGCGUGCCGAGACCCUCAUCUUCAGCCGCCAAGCUGUCAUUGCAGUGCGCAACAACCGCCUGUGCUUCAUGAUCCGGGUGGGCGAUCUGCGCAAAAGCAUGAUCAUCAACGCAGUCGUGCGCCUCCAAGUGGUCCGGAAGACCACUACGCCAGAGGGCGAAGUCAUACCCAUCCACCAGAUCGACGUCCAGACAGAAAGCGCAGUUGCCGGCAACAGCAUCUUCCUGUUGGCUCCCCUGAUCAUAUGUCACGUCAUAGAUAAGGACAGUCCUCUGUACGAUCUCUCGGCGAUGGAGCUGCAGUGUAGCGAUCUGGAGGUCAUUGUGAUCCUGGAAGGUGUGGUGGAGACCACAGGCAUCUCCACUCAGGCUCGCACCUCUUACGUGACCGAGGAGAUCCAGUGGGGUCACCGAUUCGUGCCUAUAGUGACCGAGGAAGAGGGGGUGUACUCGGUGGACUACUCAAAGUUCGGGAACACAGUCAAGGUGGCCACCCCACGCUGCAGUGCUCGUGAGCUGGACGAGAAGCCCUCCAUCCUCAUCCAGACGCUCCAGAAGAGUGAGUUGUCGCACCAGAACUCUUUGCGCAAGAGGAACUCCAUGCGCAGGAACAAUUCUAUGCGCAAGAGCAACUCCAUGCGGCGCAAUAAUUCCGCCCUCGCCGUGCCCAAAGUGCAGUUCCUCACCCCUGAGGGUGGACCAAAUCUAGCAGUCACAUGACAAAUGGCCUGCUUAGUGAUUUUCACCUGUCUUUCUUUAAGUCCUUGUCUUUCUCUUGAUCCUUGGCAUGCUCUUUUCUACGGUUUCCUCUAUUUUUUGAUUAUUCACAUCCUGGGCUACUCUGGCACUCCAGAUCCUUUUUUCUGCAGAUUUUAGCUCCAACCUUAAUAAAUACACCCGAACAAGCUACUUGGCGGACUGCUGAAAGUUUGGGAACAUGGUCAAGGUGGCCACCAGUGAGAUGGACGAGAAGCCCUCCAUCCUGAUCCAGACGCUCCAGAAGAACAAGUUGUUGCUCCAGAACUCUUUGAACAAGAGGACCUUCAUGUGCCAGAACAACUCUGUGUGCAAGGACAACUCUAUGCACCUCAACAAUUCCACUCUUGCUAUGCCCAAAAGUGCAGUUCCUCACCCCUAGGGUUGGACCAAAUCAAGAACAAAAUUCAUGAUAAAAUGCUUGGUAUACGAUUUUAAUUUCUUGAUCUUUCUUUAAGUCCAUUCUCGUCUAGGCAACUUUGGCCCUCGAGAUCCACUUUUGAGUUUAGCUUCAACCCUAAUGAAAUAAACAAGCUAAUCAGGAUCUUUAGGAUUACUAGGCCCUGUCCCAAAAGGUAUCCUAAGCCCUCAUGGUCUUCCUCUAAGACCACCCUUUUGUGAGAUAAUACUGCUUUGACCGUUGGGUAUAAGUCUGCUGUGGAGCUCACCUUUGUGUUGGCUUAGCAGAAGUAUGCAUUGAGGACACAUAGUAGCCACAGAGAAUGGAGCUAGCAAGCACACUUCUGAAAUCUAAAAUGAUGAAUGGGCCAAUCUACGGCAGUGUUUGUCAACCCUGUUCCCUGAAGGAAACCAACAGUGCACAUUUAGGAUGUCUCCAUUAUCUGACCCACACAUUUCAGGUCAUGAAGUCUACUAAUGAGCCAAUUCUUUGAACAUGGGACAGGCUUGGGAAACACUGCCCUAUGGUCUUGUGAGAUCACAAGGGCCUAGAAAGUGAGGCAGGUGAGUGUGCUCAGGGUUCUCUCUGCAGGAAAGUCAAUCUCGAGGGCCGGG